UGAUUUACAAGGAACUUUACAAUCAUUGCAGCAUGUGAACACAUGUAGAAGUCCAUAUUCGAGAGGAUGACAUAUCUGCUUGUAAGUUGUGAUUAACAGUGCCUGCAAAUGCAUAACGAAAGACAAAGGUUACGAAAUUUGAUCUUGAAAUGACCCCAUUUGGACUGGAGCAUUAUCUGGAGGCCCUUUCUGGAAGUAUUUCUUGUGAUGGUUUUUCUUCUACUGCUGGAUCAAUAUUUAGCGGGUUUCCGGGUUCGGAAAACCAGUAUAGAUUAUCUAUUCCAUAGGUAAUGAUUCAUUGGAAUCAUUAUUGUCUAGGGAUAAAUUUCUUGAUUAUGCAGUAGAAAUGGAUUAUCCAUUCAAUUCUCGAGAGUGUUCAGUUGAUCUACUGGGUUGUUGUCAUGGUCUGGUUUGCCUAUGGUUAGAAAAUCGUGAUACGACUUUUUUAUGUCUUUGGAAUCCAGCAACCAAAGAGUACAAACAAGUACCCAAAUCACCAGAUGAUCAUGAUGAUAUGAAUCAAAUGAGCAUGGUUGCAUUUGGUUAUGAUUCUAAGAAUGAUGAUUACAAGUUACUAACUCGUUUUGAUAAUUUAGUUCAAGUCUAUUCGUUAGGAUUAAAUUCCUGGAAAAGAAUUGGAAAUGUGGAGUUUCGCAGCCUUCGGGAUGCUGGGGUGCUUGUUAAUGGAGAUCUUCAUUGGUUAGCUGAAUCGCAGGACUCUUCACGACAAAUUGUAGUCUCUUUAGAUAUGAGUGAGGAGAUAUUCAAAGAGAUGCAACUACCAAAAACUUCGGUGAGUAGGCCGCAUCGGUUUAUGAAAGUGGGGGCGUUGGAAGGGUGCCUCUGUGUGCUUGGUAGCGAUAUUUGUCUUCAGGUUGAAGUAUGGGUAAUGCAGGAUUAUGGAGUUCAUGAAUCUUGGACUAAACGCUAUGUGAUUAACCAUGAGUCGGUCUCGAAUGAUUAUUUAUUGAGGCUUGUGUGGUCUUUUAAGAGUGGGGAGAUUCUAUUCGGGAUUUCUUCUAAUGGUUCUUUAAUUUCAUACGACCCAAACUAUCGAAGACUUAGACCAACUAACCUCCUCAGGGUAACACACAUCGAAAAGGAAGGGUCUUAUUGCGAAAGCUUAAUUUCACUGAACUCUAAUACUUAUCAGGGAAGGACAAGAGGAACCAACAGGGUGCCCAGGCAUAGAGCAGGCUUAGAUAGUUUAGAUUAGUUGGGCUUGAGGCAAUCAUAUGGGAUGAAGAACUGAAACAAGAGAAUGCUUUGGGGAUAACAAAUAUGGUGAUGUAUAAUCUCAUUGAGAUGACGCAGUAGAAUUCUUUUGUGCAGGGUUAAGUUUAGGUUUAGUCGUCUUAAUGUCUUGUUUUCUGGAUAUAUUUAAAAUAAUGCAACUGCAUACUAGAUGUGUGUUUCUAAAGCUCUCUGUAGAACUUGGUCUCUAGUAGUCCAGUGGUAUGAGUCCGAGUCAGAAACAGUUGGAUUAAACUAGAAACAGUGGUGCAAUUAUCAUUUUGGGCUAGUGCUAUUUACGCUUUAAUGAGUUAUU